AUGUCUUUUUGGAAUAAAAAUGCUGCUCUAUCAAAAAUGUGGCUUUGUGCGGGGAUCUGCAGAAACUUGAGAGGCUGCGCACGUGCGAAGGCGGCAGGGCGCAUUUUUGCAAUUGCAGCUCUGCCUUUGGUGCUUGGGGGCGCUGCCGCGGCGGGGGAGAGCGGGUAUUUGCCCAGAAGAGAGCUUCGGGAAACAAUGGAGAAGUGGUGCAAAGAGUAUGAGGGCGGCGGAGUUUCUUGGCAGGCCUGCAGGGAGAUGCUGCAAUGUGCCAGGAAGUGCAGCAUUUUGGACGAGCUGCAGCUUCCUGCUGCGAACAGCCUGUCUGAGUGUGCAGAAGCAAUUAUAUAUAUGCGAAUAGAGGCGCAGAAAAAAGGAGAGUUUGCGUCGAGGGCUGAGUCCACGAUUUUGAGCCGGAUUUUGUGCAGAAGAAAGGCCCCGUGUAUCAGCUUGAGCGUUUUCAAUCUGCACGAAGCCAGCCACUUCCAGAGCAUUAUCGACGGGCUGGGCGCACAGCACCGGAUGCUUUGCGAAAAAGACAUGCAGCAGGCAGACGCCCUCAAGGAGUUUUUGGAAACGGCUGUGUGCAUGCAGGAGGCAGUGUGCACGAUGGGCCAGCGCCUGCACACAGCUAUUCUCUACAUGAACCUUACAAUAGAGGGCUUUAAUGAGAUGGCAAACCUGGAGGCCGUCUUGUGGAAAGACCAGCAGAGCGGGCCUGUUCUCCAGAGCAUGUCUACUUUGAUGGGGCUGCAGCUUUUUCGCGGCGAUCACCCCGACAAGGCUGCCAGCAUGAUUAUUCAAAUAGAAAAAGCGUUUUCCGACAUCUCCAAUGUGUACAGCCGGUUUUUCCUAAAGGCGGCUGCUCGCCAAGAAUGUGAUGUUGCUUGCGCCUCCGCUGAAAAGAGCUGCGAUCACUGCGCGAAUAUUGCGCCAAUGGACAUAUGCGAGAUGUGCCAUGCCAUAUGCCAGACAAGCGCGCAGAUAGACCAGGAGAUACGGAAACAGUGCAAGCACACCAUUUUCUUCAUUAAAAAUGGCGUUUUUUCGCCCUCGGUGUGA